ACUGAGCCAAUGGGUGAGAGAGAUUGUGUUAGGGCGUUCCGUUCCGACCAGCGUAGCCUAGCUAAGCUAGUAAGUAAGAUUGCUGCUGUAAGAAAGAGAAGAGCGUUGCUGCAGGCCGGACCAGGAGGACACAUCCCCCCCCCCCCCUUCGGUUCCUGCAGCAUUAGUGGUGCAUUUGGAUGGUUUUCCUAGCCAAUGUGGCUUCCUCUGCUGUUGUUGCCCAGGCGAAGGAAGGAAGGAAGGACGGUGUGAUCAGUGAGGUGAGGGAAGCAAAGCAACCAACCAAGGAAGUAGAGAAAGCGAGAAAGAGAGAGAGCGAGCGAGUGCCACAGCGAGUGAGUGAGUGAGAGAACCAGCGAGAGAGAGAGAGAAAGUUGUAAGACUCCGGCAUAUGAUGUUCGAAGGCAUCGUAAGCGCAUGCAUUGGCACCGUCAUGUGAUGAGAGAAGGGUGGUCUAACUUCGAUAUGCGUGGGAGUAGGUGGUGGAAACGCAUAUGACACUCUUUAAUGCUUGUGCUGCCGCGUGAGAGUCCUAUAGAGAGCAGCGAACAGUAGGUUCAGAACUCAAAUACUGUUAAACUUAUCCAGAGGAUCCAGGAUCACGAAGAAUAGUGUGGAGAACGACAAAUCUCCGCCUUAAUGCAAGCCUUGGUCCUCACGUCUGUUCGACAUGCAGUGGACGAUACCUGCAGGUGGUUGUAAAUUACCCUAUGUCAUAAAAAGAAGAGGGUUUUCUCUUUCUCAACAAUUUAUUAGCCAGUUUGAUCUGCAAGACAACUAUCGAUUCAAGUACCUCCUUUCUCUUGUGGAGAGAAAAUGCAAAACCGUAAAGCAAUGACAUCAGAAUACUUUCGAUGAUGUUUCCACCAUUGAAAGCAAAGAGAUCGCUGACAGGGAUAUGAGUUUACCAACAUUCUUUGUUGAGGAUCAGGAGUCCGUGAAGGCGGACAUAAAACUGUUAUCAUCUCAUUCACCGAUUACAUGAGCUUGCAACGACCAGAUUCUAUUUUCCCACCGGACUUUGAGAACGAGCCUCCCAAACUUAAUGCUAAUUUGCUCAACCAGGUGUUGCAGCUGUUAUGCUAUCACUCGUCUAGACGUUGUACAAGCUUAAGGAAUUCAUCAACAUUACUUUCACUGGACCGAAAGUUAUCCGUGCAGGUUAGACCACAAAGAAUUUGCUGACGCCGUGUUGAGGAAAAAAGAGAUUUCCCUCAUCUUAUGUCAAUGCGUUGAAGACAUAACCAUUCCACGCUUGAGUUCUCAGUUGCUACUUAUGACUGAAGUGUGCUCGCUGGUGCCUCGCAGGAAUAAUUCCUGUCUUGUUGGAAAAUGCCAGCCCUUUCUGGUGGCUGGCAAUAAAUUUUUUAUUCUAUUUAUUUUCCAUCCUUUCCUUUCCACCUGCACAUCCCAAUCGGGUGCAGACGAUAACUCCGUUUUCAGUAGAAGCAGUUUCUUACUGCUCAACAUCAACAAUUCCGACAAAGAAGAUGAUAUUUUUUGUUUGGGACAACUAGCCAUGAACCAGGUCAUGUAGAAUAACGACUAGCAGUUGUUCCUCUCUUAGAGGAGUAGGUUGACCAAGUUAACAGGUUUGGUACUCUUUCGCUUAUAGUUAUUUUUCAUACGCUACAUAUGUUUCCGAAAUAUGCCUAUAUAUAGCUGAGUGCUGAAGCCUUAAAAAGCCACAUAUUGAAGCAAUUGAUCCUCCGGAUAAGCUCUUUCAUUAACGUCGGUGCCAGCAAUCUAGUGAAGGCUUCAGGUGAAUUUGAUAUUCGGGGAUUUCGCUCUGUUAACCUAGUUCAUGUUUACUUUCAUACUGGAAUAACGGGGUUGUAUGUAAGGUCUCUUAGAAUCAGACAACCUGUGGCUUCCUUCGGCACAAACCUUGAAGGCGACAAAAGGUUGUCUGGACUUGGCGUGUUCUCUCUCCUCUGUCAUUUACUCUUGUCAUUAAGUUGUCUCCUAUUUCCAAGAAAUUGCCACUUCAUCAUUGUGUCGUGGUGGUGUAUGGGAUGAACCCUUCUGCACAUAACAACGAGCAGCAAGGGGACCUUAGCUGGUCUACGGAGGAUUGGGGCAACCCAAGUGCAGUCAGCACUCUUGACCAGGCCUCACGCCAGUACAGUAGUGCUGGCCGCCUUGAGUGGGAGUGGGAUCCAAUGAUUCUUGCACAGCACCCUGGGAGUGGAGGGUCUACUGCUGACGAUGGUCAUGACGGUGCUCGCAUGAAGAACCACGUAACUGCAGGCACAAUGUCUAGUUUUCGAGCUUCGUACAAUAUGAAUAUGCUGUCCGCCGGCCUACCAUCCAACUUUACACAAAACCCAAUGGGUAUUUUCAGCUCUGCAGGGAUCCGAAACUAUGGAACUUUGGAUGGAUCUGCCCAGCUUUCGACCUCAUCAAACCUGCAUGGUGUCCUUGGAACAUCUGGUAUCCCAGGCCUAGCAGCGACCAGCGGCACAGGCCUUGACAAUGAUAUUCGCAGCUUUGAUCACAGUCGGCGCGAGUUCCUUGUAACUGGAAUGCACGAUCAUGUCAAAAGAGAAGAGGUCUUUGAUGGGCAUGCAAGGAUUGGGCUUAACCUCGGUGUUCGAACCUACUUCUCCACCGAGGAAACCGCUGCCAGUGGGCUUGGUAAGCGACAUCGCACAGGGUCACCUGGGUCACAAGUCCCUACAUGUCAGGCAGAAGGAUGCAAAACCGAUCUUAGCACAUCUAAACAGUAUCAUCGUCGACACAAAGUGUGUGAGCUCCACUCAAAAGCCCCCAAUGUUCAAGUUGGUGGCCAAACUCAGAGGUUUUGUCAACAAUGCAGCAGAUUUCACUCUCUAGAGGAAUUCGAUAAUGGUAAAAGAAGCUGCAGGAAGCGUUUGGCAGAUCACAACAGGCGUCGGAGAAAACCACAACCCUAUGCAUCUGUGUCUGCAGGAAAGUUGGCUGAACCUAUUGGGAUUAAGAACGAAGACGAUCCCUCAGGUAGCAACCGUGUCAACGAUUCGAAAUCGAUGAUCAUACCAUUAAAGUGUCGAAGUUCACCGAGCUCAGUGUCCCUUGAAGACUCUGAUGAGAAGCCUGGCCCUGUUGGAAAUAGCUUACAUUUCCUAUCUUGUAAUCAGGGAAUUAGAAGGGGACCUGGUGAUGAUCAGCAUUUGUCUCAUUCUGGAAUGCAGAUGAGCUCGCAAGAUAUGAAGCGUUCAGAAGCCUUACUCUCUUCCCUGUCACCAGCACCCCUCAUGCUCCAGAAUGCCAAGCAGCAGAUGCCACUGGUAGGAGGCAACGACAAUCACGAUCAGGAUCAUUCCGUUUACCAACAGCAUUUGCAGGCCAUCAGCAUGGGUCAAACAAGUGGACCUAAACUUUCGCUCUCAUCCCUAGGUGGUCAAUUAGGUUUGAGCCAUCAAGCUGGAGGACGGAGGCAGACGAUUUCUGGUCAGAUGCAUAAUGAAAUUGAGACUCCAGUUCCAUGGCUGAGGCCUCCAAAUUUACGAUCGGACUUGACCCAAGUGAUAGGAAGACAAAGUACUAUGAAUCUUCAGCAUCUCAUGUCCAAUGAUUCAAAGUCUGGUAUCAUUUCAACUUCUGCAAACUCUCAGGAGCCCGAUGUUCAGGCUUUCCCUUCAUCAAGCCAAAAUUUGAUACCUCGUGAUAUUGCCAGCCCUGAGUGGAUGCUCGGCAAUAUGACAGGACAGGCCGUACGUGCAGGGUCGAACCCAUUUGUAUCCUCCUCAUUGAACAAUAUAACUGGAAACGGGCAGCUGGAGUCCGUGCAUCAGAUUAUGCCGUUGAUUGAUUCAUCUAGUGAGGAUGGUAGAAUUCCUAGUAACGGUGGGAGCGACCAAAUAAGUCAUCGCACCCACACGCCGGUAGAAUUUAUGAGGGAGCAUAACACUGGAACAGAUUCUGAACCAAGGGGUGACGACAACAACAGCCGUAGUGGAGGUAGCGCAGUAGGUAGUCCUGACAUAAAAUAUCAUGAGCUUCACGCAUUGAGACCGUACGAAAGUGUCUCAUCUUCCAUCUACGACUCGAACCACAACCUUUUGUAAGCUGCAACACAAACAUAUGAAUAUUUGCAUCAGCGAAAUGGGUUUGCAGAUCCGGGAAACCCUCGUGUGAGACCAUGGUGUGACCAUUGCUGACUUUCCUACGCAAGUGGCUCUUCUGCAAUCAAAAGGGACUUGCAACAGUAUAGCAAAUGAUAACCUCUUGCUCCUAGUCAUAGGAGAUUGAGAUCCUCAGACCACUGUGUUCCCAUUUGAAACCUGGAGCAUGUACUCAAUACUUUAGGAUAGGAAUUUUGUUACCAUCCUACCUCUGUGCUAGCUUGCUAUCUUGAGAAUGCGGAGAUAGUUCUAGGUACAUAGGUGUUUCCUAAGAACCACCGACUUAUCCUACUUAUAUUUACAUUGGAAGGGUUGUGAAACGGAAGCUACCGUCGCUGAAGACGAUCCGUAAUGAACUUUCGAGCAAGCUGUUCCUGGUGGACUCUUUCAUCUUGAAUCUAUCAUCAAAACUUUGAUCUGAUGAAUGAGCAAACCUGUGUCUGCUAUUGCUGUUCUGAUCCCGUAUCAACCUGUUGAUGCAGAGCAGAAAUAUACUACAAAAGUAAAACAUUCUCUCGGUACACAGCGAAACAAACAGCAUAAUAGCCUAUCUACUUCAGUGUGACGUCUGGCAGGUCGGGCUUUGUAGAGAAUGGCAGGUUCUGACAGAUUGGGGAGGGGGCAAUGCAUUACAGAUCUCCUGCACCUCCUUGUCAAAAUCCUAAUCCGGCAUAAGGUCUUUGAGCACAUGAGGAAUCGGGUGUACGUAAACAAUCCAGGAAUGACUAAAUCUCUGCGCGCUUCGGAAGGGACCACCGCUAUGAUUCUCAUCUCACUUCUCUCUAUCUUUCUCCUUGUCUCUUUUCCAGCAAGUAGCUCCAGACUGAUCCACAAGGCGAGUCUGGGACCCACUGCGCUCAGAGUUUGAGCCUAGUUUCGUACCUGACGGAGACACUUCACAGAAGAAUCUCAUGCAAUGAGUAGGACACUGCCCACUUCGUCACGUCGAUAACGGGCAGCAAGGGCAAUGAGAAUCGCCCGGGACCCAUUAGCAACUGUAGCCAGUGUGAAGCUAAACCUUUUCCGAGAACCGAAUAACCAAACUCUACUGGGAGGAAGUGUGAUCAGUGAGCUGGUGGACAGGACACCCGGGAGUAUUUCGACGAGGGUACCGGCAGCUAGUUUGUUGAUGAGUGGGAGCAGCUGCGGGCAGCGACAAUGACCCACAUAUCCCCAGCUCACACCAACGCACCGGAGCUUUCCCUACUCAUAACGCCAGCUGCCUCCACGCUUCCAUGCCUGUAACUCAUUUUUACUCAUCGUUCACUUAGAUCCAUCCAUUUAUAGCCAUUAGAUGAUCAAUAUCCGUCCAUCUUUGAAUGAAAACUCCUUUAAUUUCAUAAUUGGUAGAGUAUUUGUCUUCCCAGGAGCUCCGCGUUGGGGAACUGCUCCUCCACCCCGAUUUGGUGACAAGGAUCGAAGUCAUAAGCUGAGGCUCUAGUCUGGAGGAGAUUGAGGUUGGUGUGGCGGGAAUGGAAGCCUGCACAAAGAGAGAAGCUGCUCAAUGUGAUAUUACAAGCCGCGGAGACGCAUGGGUCCUCUACGCUUCUUGCUUUGAGAACUGUUGCUGAGACUCAUGUUUUUAUAGCUCCAUUCCUUGUAGUUUUUCUUUCUUAGGUAUCGAAGCUUGGAUGGCAAGGUGAUGCAGUAGUUCCACAGUGCUGCAAUGGUUCCUAGUGUUAUUAAUGAAGAUUUCGAUGACGACGAGGAGAGUACGUCCAUGAUGAUUAUCGUCGUUGUGACUCUUCUUCUCGUGCUAGGAGUGUGGAUGACUUUCUUCUGAAGUUGAAUUGGUGGCUGUUUUGGUUUCAGCCACCACUGAUGGACCUCGUAGGGUGAGUUUAACGAGUAAAAAUUUUGGAGAAGCUUAAGAA